ACAAUUAUACUACAACGAUGCCGAAAGAUUUUGCAGAAUCGUUAGAAGAUUUGUUCGAUGAUUUUUGCGCCUUAUUCUACAGUCCACCUAAGAAUAAAAAGGUCAAGAAACGAAAAGAAAAGUUGACUACUUUAAAGCCAAAGGAAGAAGACAACAACGAUCCAAAUAGAGCUUCCGAUGACGAUCUGCAGGAAGCGCUAAACGUGACGGAAAUAGAUCUUAAAAUACAAGAGAACACUGAAAAACACCAUACUGAUGCGUAUGCUUGUACCCAGGACUCCAAUGAAGAUGAGAAACCUGUAGACGAUGACGAUGAUGGACCGGAACUCGUUGUUAGACGAGGUCAGGCUUUCAACAUUGGUGUGACGUUUAAUAAGCCUUAUGACGUCAAAAGAGAUGACCUUCUCUUGGUUUUUAAAACAGGAAAAUAUGCUGACACGCACCCGGAGACUCACGGACGCAUGCAGCUUGACGAAACUGGAAAAGCAAAGCGUUGUUCUGACGGUUGGAGUUGCCACUUGAUUAAAAACGAGGACUGUACAUUGGACAUCGAAGUUCAUCCGCCUGCAACUAUCGCUAUUGGUGAAUGGUCGUUUUCUAUAAUCACAAAAACAAAAGGAAAGAGGAAGAGUUUGUGUUAUGAACACAAAGAUAACUUUUUCAUUCUGUUUAACCCAUGGUGUAAAGAUGACGCCGUCUAUAUGCCAGAUGAAAAAGAACGUAACGAGUAUGUGUUAAAUGACCACGGGGUUGUAUUCAGGGGUAACUCACUCCGCCCUCGAGGCAAGGACUGGAACUUUGGCCAGUUUGAGGACGGUAUCUUAGAAGCAGCACUGUUUGUCAUCAUGAAAUGUUUCAAGGAGAAGACUUUGUACAAAUUGAGUGAUCCAGUUAAAGUUGCCAGAGUUAUUGCUCAAGUUGUGAACUGCUGCGAUUCAGACAAAGGUAUACUUUGGGGACGCUGGGAUGGGAAAUAUGAUGAUGGGUGUAGCCCAUUAGACUGGUACGGUAGUGUACGGAUUAUACAAAAGUACAUGGAAACAGGGAAACCCGUGAAGUAUGGCCAGUGCUGGGUAUUCUCUGGAGUAACAACAACUGUUUGCCGAGCUAUUGGGAUCCCAGCAAGGAGUGUCACUAAUUAUAAAUCUGCCCACGAUACCGACAACAGUUGUACUAUUGACAAGUACUUCAAACAAAAUGACAAAGGAGUUUUAGAACCUGAUUCGGACAGCGACAAGGAUUCAGUAUGGAACUAUCAUGUUUGGAAUGAGGUCUGGAUGAAGCGGGAAGACAUCAAACUAACACAUGAUAACACAAGUGAUUAUGAUGGUUGGCAGGCAAUAGAUGCCACACCACAGGAAGCGAGCGACGGGAAGUACACUUGCGGGCCGUGCCCGGUAUACGCUAUCAAAACCGGACAAGUUAAGAUACCGUAUGACUGUGGUUUUAUCUUCUCCGAAGUGAAUGCUGAUAUUGUCCACUGGGAACCUGUACCCGAGGGCCAUAGAAAAUUUAAACUCAGGACUGACAAGGUAGGAAAGAGUAUAAGUACAAAAGCAAUCGGUGGUAUUUUUAGCAACAGGAAUGAUGUCACAGAUAAUUACAAAUACAAAGAAGGCAGCGAGGAAAACAGAAAAGCGGUGAUGCGUGCAGUAGUUGGUAGUGGAAACCGGAAGGACGUUUACGGUGAUGACGAUGAGAUUGAUGAUAUAGAAUUCAAACUACUUCACGAUCCGGAACCUUCUCUAGGCUCAGAUGUUGAUAUAGAGCUGAAAGCGUACAAUAAGAGCAAGAACACUAGAAAGAUAACCAGGGUGGUGAUAACCGUGUUCCCUCAAAGUUACACCGGUGCUUGUUCUAAAAAGGCGAUCAAAACAGAAGAGUUCACACAGGAUGUAAAACUUCGUCAAGGCCAGGAUCACGUGUUCAAGACUACACUGAAACUGUCGGACUACUUUGAAGAGAUCGACAGCGGACGUAGUAUUAACAUUCAGGCUUACGCCUUUGUCAAGGCCUCGAGAUCACGCCCUAUCCAAAACUGUGUAAAAUCUCACGACGUAGAAUUUAGUGCACCCGUACUCGAAGUUAAGAUGCCAAGCUGCGUUAAAAGAGGCGAUGAGUUCGAAGCCUGUGUAACCUUCAAAAACCCUUUGCAGGAGGAGCUGACCGACUGUAAGGCCGGCUAUGAAGGUCGUGGGUUCAAGCACGUGACCGGAGAACCGCAGGAUAACGUUCCGGUCAUGGGGAAAUUUGAGAAGAUUUACAAAUUGAAGACAAAAACAAAAGGCAAUAUUGCCCUUACAUUCAAGUUCACGUCCAAACAGCUUCAUUACAUAUCUGGAGCCGCCGAAGUGAAAGUUGAAUAAGCUUUCAAAAACAGAUUAAUGUAAAAUGUUAACUCAUUGAUUUAGUUGUCUGAAACCUUUGUAACGGUUUGUAAGCAAAAUUUUUGAGGUAGGAGUUAAUUCAAUUAACAAAAUAAAUGUUGUAAAUAAAACUUGUUUUUUUAAAAAGAAGAUUGUUUGAUAAAAUAAAGAUUUACAGUCUUAGUGUUGUUUGAUACCAUGUUGUUCUCAAGGAAAAUACACGUGUAAGUCUAUAUUAUAGUAAUUUUUUGCAAACUGUGACAACUUCUUGUGAUUUUUUAUAAACAUGAAAAACUAACUAUUUUUAAUAAUAAUUUUUCACUUUAAAUAAAACAAGGACUGUUGACCUAAAGAAGCUAAUGCGCAUGCGCUAGAACUUUGUAUUGUAUUCACGUGGGCAUGUGAUAAUCACAAACGCUGUCUACUCCGGAAGUGAUAAGGCUAGCCGUUGUCACCAGUUGAUACAGUGUGGCUUUCACAUGUUUACGUGACUGUUAUUUUUUAUUAUUAUAAAUGUAUUUGUCUCAUGUUUUUGUACAUGUGUUAUAAAAAUGCAAACUGAAAUAUAAAUUCAAUAAAACUUGAAACAGCUUGACCACACUCGGCACUGACACAUGACUUACUUCAAUUUUACAUCUUGAUAUCCGUUAUUUGAUUACUGACAGUUUAAAAAAAAUGAAGCUAAACUUGAGGUUUAAAAUUUGAGUAAGCAAAAAAAAAAACAGCAGCAACGUUGACAACGAUUACACUGCUUGUUUGAAUUGGAUUUAACUUUUUUAAUAAUCUAUUUAUAAUCCAUUUAUUUAUAUUUUUCUUACGUUAUUUUCUCACUUUCGUGUAUAUGUGGAUAAAAUAAAUACCACUCACAGUC